CUCUCUCUGUCCAUGCUUUUUAGGGCUAAUUGACCCAGCUCCAGAUCAUCAAUACGUCGAGCUUCGACUACCACAAACAGCACAGACCCUGAAAAGCGUGGCAGCACCUGGAACACCACCGUGACUGCGAGCGAAGAAGAAGCCCAUGCUAACAGUGCGUGGACUGAACAAAACCAUUUCAUUAAGAGCAGUGCCAAACAUGUGAGAAGAUGUCUGUUGGAGGUUGUGCUUGCCCAGGCUGUUCGUCCAAGUCCUUCAAGCUGUACUCCCCAAAGGAGCCCCCCAACGGUAGUGCCUUCCCUCCGUUUCACCCAGGCGCAAUGCUGGAUAGAGAUGUGGGUCCCACGCCGAUGUAUCCGCCGUCUUACAUGGAGCCUGGAAUAGGGAGGCACACACCGUUUGGAAAUCAAACAGACUACAGAAUAUUUGAGCUCAACAAAAGGCUACAGAAUUGGACGGAGCAGGACUGUGACAAUUUGUGGUGGGAUGCGUUCACGACAGAGUUUUUCGAAGAUGAUGCAAUGCUGACGAUCACUUUCUGUCUUGAAGAUGGGCCCAAACGAUAUACUAUUGGGAGAACGUUGAUCCCUCGGUACUUUAGGAGUAUUUUUGAAGGUGGGGCCACUGAACUCUUCUAUGUGCUGAAACAUCCCAAGGAGUCUUUCCACAAUAACUUUGUGUCCCUGGACUGUGAUCAGUGCACCAUGGUUACACAGAACGGCAAACCCAUGUUCACACAGGUGUGUGUGGAGGGCAGACUGUACCUCGAGUUUAUGUUUGAUGACAUGAUGCGUAUUAAGACAUGGCACUUCAGCAUCAGACAGCACAGAGAGGUCGUGCCGAGGAGCAUCCUGGCAAUGCAUGCCCAAGACCCCCAAAUGCUUGACCAGCUAUCCAAAAACAUCACAAGAUGUGGCUUAUCAAACUCUACGCUGAACUACCUCCGACUUUGUGUAAUCCUGGAGCCCAUGCAGGAGCUGAUGUCCAGGCACAAGACGUACAGUCUCAGCCCACGAGACUGCCUCAAAACCUGUCUGUUUCAGAAAUGGCAGAGGAUGGUGGCCCCACCAGCCGAGCCGCCAAGACAAGCCCCCAGCAAGCGAAGGAAACGGAAAAUGUCUGGUGGCAGCACAAUGAGUUCUGGAGGAGGCAACAACAACAGCAACAGUAAAAAGAAAAGUCCAGCCAACAGUUUUGCGCUCUCCAGCCAGGUACCUGAUGUGAUGGUGGUGGGAGAGCCCACUCUGAUGGGAGGGGAGUUCGGGGACGAGGAUGAGCGGCUCAUCACGCGGCUGGAGAACACACAGUUUGAUGCGGCCAAUGGCAUUGACGACGAGGACAGUUUCAACAGUUCCCCUGCCCUGGGCACCAACAGCCCCUGGAACAGCAAAGCUCCCUCCAGCCAGGAGAGCAAAAACGACAACCCCACCUCACAGUCAUCACAGUAGAAGUGUUAGGGGCUAGCGAAAGGCUGGAGGACACCUCGCUCACUUGUUCACACGAUCCGGUCCUAGGUUUCUGCCUUGACGAGUCCUCAAUUGGUCACACAUGAAAUUGGCCCACCUCCUCCUCUGUCGCCAUCAGACAUUCCGUUUUGUUGAUUCUUUUGUUUCUUUAAGAGUCGUUUCCCAACACCAUCCGUUUCUGUGUCUCGUUCAGGCUUAGCGAUCAGGCUGUGGGUUAUUGUUCCAACCUCGGGUCUCUCUGUGCGUGCUGUGCUUGGACACGCAUGGCCGUUUCUGUUGUGCUCACUUGACAGGAAAGCAUCACUUUUUAUCUAACCGUUUAAUGAUAUGACCAUUGUGUGCACCUCAGAUUCAAACCCAACGCUCCAUUUUUAAAAACUCAAUUAUUUGUUUUGUAGGACCUGGUUGGAACAAAAACCUGUACAGUUCCGGAGCUUGAGGACCGGAGUUGAGAACCACUACGUAAAGUCCUUUAAGUAAAAUGUAAUAAAGUGUAAAGCAUCGAGGUUCUUGAGUUUGGUCGUGCCCGAGAUGGUCACUGAGAGCUUGCCUGACCAUUACACCAGACUCAAAAGAAAUGUUAGAUUUUUUUUUUUUUUUGCAUUAUUUUUAGUUUCUUGUUCUUUUUUUUAAAAAAAAUAAUAAAAUAAGCAAGCAAACAGAAAACUCUAAAUAUCCUUUGCACUCUUGUCACUGUAUUUUGGAUCUAUUUUUUAAAAAUGAUUGAUGGAUUUUGUUCUUAUUAAAACUAAAAAAAUUCUAAUCUUUAACUGGAAAAUGCGGUCAAUCUCAAUGUAAAAUAACAAAUUUUGUAUUGUUACUGUUAUCAACAUCAUUGUAAGUAGAUAAGCUUUACACCUCUCUGUCUUUCUGUUUCAGUUUUUUAAUCGUCUUUGAAAAAGAGAUUACAUGAUGAAUGUCUGAGAACUGCAUGUGUCAGACAUUAGCUAUUACAGCUGUAAAAGUCUCAUUGUUUGCAGGAUCUAAAUCCAACACUGUUGGUGGCACAUUUUGUCCUGAGACCGAAGCUAUGAACAUUUUGUUUCCUGGAUAUUUUUAGCCAAUUGAAAAGAACAGAUCAAGCUCAAUACCUGACAUUCACAUGGAAUAGUUUGCUUGAAAAAUCUAGCAUCUAACGUCAAAUUAGUAUGCCAGUUAUUGUUUUCUUUACCCGAUGCUACAGACCAAGGAGCAAGAUCCUUAUAAUUGACACAUUUAUAUAAUGAUUUUGUUUUUUCAUAAUUUUGUUUGUGUAUUUGUGAUUGUAUAUUUAAGAUUGUAGCCAAGUUCUGUAUAAGUGUAAUUCUAUUUACUCUUCUCUAGGACCCCUGUGAACCUUCAACCCUUCAUAUGUCAAAAGUAAAGCUGAACCUUUCAUUUCAGAUUGUUUCUAGAAGCAUUAAAGGUACAUUUACCUUUCACCUGAGAAAGGUAGAUUAUAGUUUUUAAGUCAAUGUACAAUGUAUUUAUUUUUUUAAAGUCUUUGCCAUUGCAUUAUAUAUCGAGAUGAUACAUGUUGCUGUGUAUUUGAUGUUGCCUCUGUACAUUAUUUUACUUAUGUUUUUUUUUUCAUUAACCUAAGAUGAUAUAUAAAUCCUUGGAUGACUCCAUAAGAGUUCUUAAUAAACUUUGGAUAAUUUAAACAUGAUCCAGAUCAAUAAUUCCAGGAUGCUAGUUUGAAGGGACCGUGUACUGGGUUUUAAAAACACCAGAGGGCACUCCACUGUAAGGCUUCCACUGAUUUAUAAAAAUGGUUAAAUGCAACCAUUCUAAGGCAUACAGAUAAGAAAAUAAUUUUUCUUGAAUACUUCACUUGUGAAAUACGGUGUGGUUUCAGCUUCAUUUCUCAAAUCUGCUAUUAAGCAGGUAUGCUCUUUGUUUUCAGAGCACCUUUGUUUGUCGUUUUUGUACAAAAAUAUAUUUUGCCUUGUGUCUGCCAUUGACAGUUGAUAUAUGGUACCAAUAAAACACAUUUUCACAA